AUGGCCUUUAAACCCGUCUUCAAACCUUUCAAGGCAAUGCCGAAGUCCUUGUUUAGAUCUGGAACAGGCGGUAGCACUAUGGCAAAAGUCAUCCCCGGAAAGACAAGUUCUCAGAUACCUGAUUUGAAUGGCAAUCUGCCCACGGAGCCGAGUCAGGAAGGUGUUGUGGUUCUUCUGCUCGGGUUCAAAUCAAACCACCCCUUGCGAAUGCUCGCCCCCGGCUUCAAAGAGACAGCCGACUACUUCAUGGCCAUGAUCAAAGCCCUCGACAACCCCGAGGGUCGCGAACAAUACGGCUUCCUGGGCAUCAGCAGCUAUAUUGGCAGUCAGAACGAAACCUCCAACGAGCUCAUGACGGUUAGUUACUGGCGGAACACCGAGGGUCUUCACGCCUUUGCCGAGAGUGCCAUUCAUCGCAAAGCGUGGGACUGGUGGAACAAGACGGCCAAGCAACAUCCGCACCUGGUCAUCUUCCAUGAGAUAUACAAGGCGGAGAGAAAGAGCCAUGAGAACAUCUACUAUAACUCGCAGCCUAUGCUGAUUGGAGGCACUGCAUUCCCAGUCAAAUCGGAUGAAAAGAAAGAACAGCAAUGGAUUGAAGUUCUACCGGGCUAUUCCUGCAAGCAACCCGAUCGAUCGCCCGACGCCCUACGUCACACGACGCGACGGGAAAUUUGUCCAUUCCGCAUGACGCUUGUUGACACCGCGGAGCAAGGGACGCUGGAUAGAGCUAGAGACGCAUUUACAGAAAUCGACCGCGGCGCAAAAUGUAUCGUUCAAAUGAAGGGAAACCAGACCGUCCUCGUGCCCCCUCCUGGCGCCGCCGAGAAAAUAUCCAAAGGUGGCAUGAAAGGUACGGGCGACGGUCCCAAGUCAUUUGCGUUCGACAGAUCAUACUGGUCCUUCGACAAAGCCUCACCCAACUACGCCGGUCAAGAAAAUCUAUUCGGCGAUCUUGGUGUCCCGCUUCUUGACAAUGCCUUUCAGGGUUACAACAAUUGUAUCUUUGCGUACGGUCAGACGGGUUCAGGUAAAUCGUACUCGAUGAUGGGUUAUGGCAAAGAGCAUGGUGUUAUUCCGAAGAUUUGUCAGGAUAUGUUCAAGCGGAUAGCGACUUUGCAGGAAGAUAAGAAUUUGACGUGUACGGUGGAAGUGUCGUAUUUGGAGAUUUACAAUGAACGCGUUCGCGAUUUGCUCAAUCCCGCGACGAAGGGGAAUCUGAAAGUUCGAGAGCAUCCGUCGACAGGUCCUUAUGUGGAGGAUUUGGCGAAAUUGGUCGUGCGAUCGUUCGCGGAGAUUGAGAAUCUGAUGGACGAGGGUAACAAAGCUCGAACGGUUGCUGCGACCAACAUGAACGAAACAUCUAGUCGAUCGCACGCCGUAUUUACUCUUACCUUGACUCAGAAACGACACGAUGCGGAAACGACAAUGGACACAGAGAAGGUAGCCAAAAUCAGUCUAGUCGAUUUGGCUGGUUCCGAGCGAGCGACAUCUACAGGCGCAACGGGAGCUCGACUGAAGGAAGGUGCGGAGAUUAAUAGAUCCCUUUCGACAUUGGGUCGUGUCAUUGCUGCUCUUGCCGAUUUAUCGUCCGGCAAAGGCAAAAAAGGAACGCUGGUGCCAUAUCGUGAUUCCGUGUUGACGUGGCUGUUGAAGGAUUCUCUAGGAGGAAAUUCCAUGACUGCUAUGAUUGCUGCCAUUUCUCCUGCAGAUAUCAACUUUGAGGAAACACUCAGUACGUUGCGAUAUGCAGAUUCGGCGAAGCGCAUCAAGAAUCAUGCUGUGGUCAACGAAGAUCCGAAUGCCCGUAUGAUUCGCGAAUUGAAAGAAGAAUUGGCUCAGCUGCGAAGUAAGCUUGGUGGUGGUGUAGGUGGUGCAAUCGCAGGUGGUGCUCCGAUGGAGGAAUCGUACCCGCCUGAUACGCCUCUAGAUAAACAAAUAGUUUCUAUCGCCCAGCCUGACGGUACCAUCAAGAAGGUCAGCAAGGCGGAGAUUGUCGAGCAACUCAAUCAAAGUGAGAAGCUAUACAAGGAUUUGAAUCAAACAUGGGAGGAGAAACUAGCCAAGACAGAGGAGAUUCAGAAAGAGCGAGAAGCUGCUUUGGAAGAGUUGGGUAUCAGCAUCGAAAAGGGAUUCGUGGGACUUAGUACACCGAAGAAAAUGCCUCACUUGGUCAAUUUGAGUGACGAUCCACUCUUGACAGAAUGUCUUGUUUACAACAUCAAACCAGGCGAAACCCGUGUUGGAAAUAUUGAUCAGGACAAUGGAGCAGAAAUUCGACUGAAUGGAUCGAAAAUUCAGCAACAACACUGCAUCUUCCAGAAUGUGGACAAUGUCGUGACGCUGAUUCCUAGCGAAGGUGCCGCAAUUAUGGUCAACGGUCUGCGCAUUGAAAAACCAACCCGUCUUCGAAGUGGAUGUCGUAUCAUUCUUGGUGACUUUCAUAUUUUCCGAUUCAACCACCCUGAAGAGGCCCGUGCUGAAAGGGUGGAACAGAGCUUACUGCGCCAUUCAGUUACGACUAGCCAGCUAGGAUCUCCUGCUCCGAGCAGAACUCAUGACCGGACUAUCAGCAAGACCGGUUCAGAAAUUGACGGUGAGGUCGGUCGAACAGACUCCCCUGUGCCGAAUCGAAGUGGGCGAGAUGCAGACUGGUUUUAUGCUCGCCGAGAAGCUGCCAGUGCAAUUCUUGGACCAGACCAAAAGAUCUCUGAUCUCAAUGACGACGAGCUGGAUGCGCUCUUUGAUGAUGUGCAAAAGGCUCGUGCAGUCCGUCGUGGCUUGCUGGAGAAUGAAGAAGAUACAGACUCCUUGAGCUCGUUUCCUAUACGUGAUAAGUACAUGUCGAACGGCACCAUCGACAACUUCUCUCUCGAUACAGCGAUCACGAUGCCUGGAACCCCUCGGCAGAUUGAUGAUGAGGACGGAGAUUCAUCGUUACAAGCAGCGCGAGACGACAUGCAACGCCAGCUUGACAAACAAAAAGGAGACUUCCAGGAAAAACUCAAGGCGGAUGCGUCUCAUGUUGAUGUGGAGGAGUUACGACAAGAAAGAACUCGUAUGGAAGAGGCUUUACAGUCAGUUAAAGUUGAAUUCGAAAAACAACUCAAGCAACAGAAAGAGCAGUAUGAAACUCAUAUCAAAGAAAUGGGUCAUCCUGUUCCACGGAUAUACGAAAAUGGAUUCGCCAAAUUGGACGACAAGGAGAUUGAGAUCGCUAAAUCUGUUGUUCGCCUCUGGUCGAAACGGAAUUAUGUGCGCAUGGCUGAGUCUAUUCUCCAGCAUGCCUCGCUGCUUAAGGAGGCUCAAGUGAUGAGCCAGAUAAUGGAUAAAAAUGUUGUUUUUCAAUUUGCAGUCAUUGACGAAGGACACAACAUGGUAUCUGCAUACGACCUUGUUCUCAACGGUAUUUCUGGUGAGGAUGAUGACGCACUUGAUACUGUUAAGAAGCCCUGCGUUUGUGUCCGGGUCAUUGACUUCAAACAUUGCGUCGUCCAUCUCUGGUCAAUCGAGAAACUUCAAAAACGGGUCCAAGCGAUGCGUCAGAUGCAUCAGUAUAUCGACCGGCCGGAUUAUAUUCAACAUUUCAAACUAGAGAACCCGUUUUCCGAAACUUGUCCGACAAAUUUUUCACUGGUCGGUGAUGCAGACAUACCAUUAACUGCUGUCUUUGAGAUGCGCGUCCAGGAUUUUUCUGUAGAGGUAGUUUCACCCUACACGCAAAGCGUCAUUGGUAUCCUUCGACUGUCCCUUGAGCCAUCUUCGGCACAGGGUCCUUCUUCCACGCUCAAGUUCAACGUCGUCAUGCGGGACAUGGCCGGGUUUGCCGAACGCGAGGGUACAGAGGUCCAUGCUCAGCUUUUUGUACCGGGUGUAUCUGAAGAAGGAGGGGCUACAACUACGCAAAUGAUUAGCGACUUUGACGAGAAUCCCAUUCGAUUUGAGAGUGUGCACAGCAUGAGCUUGCCGCUAUCGAGUCCACGGACCGCUUCGUUGAAGGUCUGCAUAUAUGCCAAGGUUACAUCAAUGCACUUGGACAAACUACUGAGCUGGGAUGACAUGCGUGAUUCUUCCGAGAAACCAGCACCUUCAAAACGCAAGACGCCGCGUAUCGCCGAGACAGAAUUUUUCACCGAGGAACGUCACGAUGUCUUUGCUCGCAUUCAGAUUCUGGAGCUUGCGGAAAGCGGUGAAUACCUGCCUGUCGAAGUGGUGCAGAAUAGUAGCAUGGAUGCUGGCACGUAUCAGCUGCACCAGGGUCUGCAAAGACGAGUCGCUAUUCAUUUGACUCACAGCUCUACGGAGAACUUUCCCUGGGAGGACGUAACAAAUCUUCGGGUUGGCUCGGUUCGUCUAUUGGAUCCAUGGGGCAAGAUACCUGACCAGGAUUUCAAAACUCCCGAUGUGCCGCUUCGAUUGGUGCAAGAACCGAUGAUCAAGGAUAAUGCAGAUGGAACCUCGAAUGUGACGAUAAUUGGACAAUGGGAUUCUAGUCUUCAUGGAUCGCUACUGAUGGAUCGCACCACAGCUGAAAAAUAUCGUGUCCAAGUCUCGUUACGCUGGGAUUUGGUAUCGUCCCGUGUUCAAGGGCCCAUUGUUUUUGAAUUAGAUCAAACACUUGUCAUUCUUGGACGAAACUAUGUCCGCCCGCAGUCAAUUCUUAGGCAUAUCUGGAGUUCCACCAGAGUGGUGCAUUCUACCGUUGGCAUGUUUUCAGUCGUCAUUCGCCCGGUGUCCGCGAAACGUGCCGCGGAUCUCUGGCGCAUGAAUACACAAAACGAUUAUGUCAAGGGCGAGGAAUUGCUCACAAGCUGGUCCCCGCGCAAAGUUUCCUUAGUUCGUGACUUUAUUGCCUCUCGCAAGAGGAGACAACGGGCAGCCGAAUUGGAAGCUGCUCGCGGCGCAUUGGGUAGUGCCAGUCUUGUACACUCCCCAGCUAAAGGAAGCGGUCGUUCAACACCCCUGCGCAAUCAAGAACUAUCCGAACGACAGACAAAGCUCGUCCAACGCUACCUCAAUCUAUGGUCAACUCGCAAAGAUCCCACAGAAAUAAUCCUUGUAAAUACCAACACUGAACAACCCGCCAACGGAAACGUCUCCAAAGUACCCUCCAUCCACGAGUCGGAUAGCGCCUCCACCUCAGACCACGCCUCGACACCUCGCUACGUCGCCAACGUGCAAACACUAAGCAAGAACGCCACAAUCGCGAAGGCGAGCUAUCUCAUGAUGCCAGACGACGACAACAGCACACGCUGGAUCCGACGCUUUAUUGAACUCCGCGGGUCAUAUUUACAUGUCUACUCCGUUCCCGACGGCGAUGAAAUCAAUACCAUCAACCUCCGUCAUGCACGCGUUGACCAUGAUCCGGAUUUUGCGCGGUUGUUUGAGGGGGCGAAUGGAUUCUCGUCGAGAGGUAACAGCAAUGUUGGACGAACUAAUAUAUUUGCUGUUUAUGGACCGCAGAAUACGUUCUUGUUUGCGGCCAGGACGGAGGCGCAGAAGGUGGAGUGGAUUUUGAAGAUUGAUCAGAGUUAUUUUAGUAAUAAUGCGCCGACGAAUGGGCGAUAA